AUGUCCACCGGCGACGCUGACCAACCUUCCCCAACAAGAAAAUCUCAAAAAUCCAAAAGGGUCGCCCCUGGCACAGAUGAAAAGUCGAGGGUCGCGACCCCCUUGCCUCAAAAGUCAAAAAAGAAGAAGAAGAAGAAAGGCAAGAGACCCAGGGCUGGCGAAACAUCUGCUCCUCGCCAAGGCCUGGUGGGCGGGGAAAAGCCAAACCCCACGGGCGAUGCGGGGUCCUCGCCCUUUCCUGAGGAAGUCAUCGCUGAUCAACAUGCUUCUGAAGACGUUCCCUCAGGUGCUCCCCAAACGACCCACUCUCCUGACCAUUCAUGUCAUCAAGCUGAGGCAAGCCCACCUAGGGCCUCCCCCGUUCCCACCAUGAGUCAUGGCAGUGGAGACCAAACCCCCACCGCCUCUCUUCCGCUUCGUCGUUCUUCCCCCGCCGCUAGCCAUCCGAUUGUUGAUGGGCAGACGUGCUUUGUUUCAAAUCAGCAGCCCUCCCCUGUCGACUUUAUGUUAACUGACCCUUUUCUUGGCAGCAUGAGAGGAACUGAGAGUCCUGACCUUGAUGGUGUGGAGCGAGAAGCCAUCUCGAGCCUUUAG